AUGAUCCCAAGUACUGGAACGUAUUCGUUUCAAACAAAACAUAUAUCACUCCUGAUCCCCCGUGACUCACACUUUCUAUCCAUUAAGAACCAUAAAGUGUUCAAAAUGAAGGAAGAAUCCCUUUUAACGUUUAAUUUGGAAGAACACCAGGAGGAAGUGUUGUAUCUUCGCCAGGAGCUUUUGCUACUUCAAAACGCCAAUUCGAAGUCCAAUUACACCAUUCAAACAGAGUCACCACUGGUUAAGUUCUCAAUAAACCUUAAGGACAAAACUCUAGAGGCAGAGAUUUGCUAUAAAGUGUUUUAUGGUCCCUAUGUUAAUGAAUUGGUUCCGUUGAAUGUGUCGUUAAAAAUAUCACGCUACUUGAACUGGAAUGUGAAACCACUUUCAUCUGCAGAUACAUCUACUUUCCCAGAUCCUCUGACUCCAGUGACAGCACAUCUUUUCUAUGAUUCCAUGUCUGAACAUGCAAAAACCCUUCCAGACAUUGCAUCACAGUUUGAGCUUCCAGAGCUAGAGACCAACUUACUUCGGUUUCAGUGCCGGACUGUUAACUGGAUGCUCACAAAGGAGUCGGUGCAGUAUAACUGGAGUAGUAAUCGGUGUGAAAACAAGCAUCUCAUAUCUUAUGAAUUGACUGAGAAAAUCCAGAGUUUCUUUGAUCACCCAGAUGGGGCUUCUCCGGAAGAAAUGGAACUGAUUGAUACUGAAGUAGGCCAAGCUUUGGGAGGUCUCUGUUUUGGAUGGGCAAGUGUUAUGUUUCGUGAAGAAAAUUUCUGGUAUAACAAGUACACCAGUAAUUUGGUGGACCGUGUUUCCAUGUACAGAUUCAUUUUGAACUAUCACAGCAGCAACGACACACCAAUUAUUCUCCCAGCACAAGGAUUGCUUGCUGAAGAAAUGGGACUAGGAAAAACUGUUGAGGUCACAGCAUUGUCAUUACUCAAUCCAAGACCCACGGACCAGAUUGAUGAUACCAUUCAUAUUCAGUUGACAAAUUUUGGUGACCAUAAGCCUGUUUUGCAAUCCAAAACAACACUUAUAAUUGCCCCUGACUCUAUUUUAAAACAAUGGGUAGAAGAGAUUUUGAGACUAGCACCAUCAUUGGCUGUUACUAUUUACAAAGGCUUGAACAAAUACCCAAAGUUGAAUAAUAAUCCGAGGUUGAUUGCAGAUUACUUGAAGAUGUUUGACAUUGUGUUCACUACUUAUUCGACUAUUUCCAAAGAGUUGGAUUAUGCAUUAUAUUCAUCUAGGAACAAGAAUACAAGAGCUUCUAGUAGAAAGAGAUCUUCCAGAACCCAUGAAGCUGAUUCCAGUAAUGAAGACGUUAGUGAAACUGAAGAAGUACAGGACCCGAAGCAGGAAGCGGGGGUUUAUGAUCAAGAUGCAUUAUUAAAGGAUUACCGAUCAUUAUUUCAGCUUUCUAUGCUGAGCAAGAAGCCCAAGAUUGCGAACAUGAAGACUGACGAGGAUCAAGCCCAAACUGACUACGAAAAGAUUUUGGAAGACGAGAUUCAAUUGGCGUUGAAGCAUAAUAAGCUUCCUGACCUUUAUCGUAAUUCCAGCUAUGAAUCUCCUUUGAUGUUACUUCAGUUCUGGCGAGUAGUUCUUGACGAAGUGCAGAUGGUUUCCUCUAAAAUCUCAAGACCAUUCCAGUGUGCUUCUUUAAUCCCAAGGUUUCAUUCAUGGGCAGUCUCAGGUACUCCCAUCAAGAAGAACUUGAACGAUCUACACUCUGUAUUGGCGUUUUUAAGGUAUAUGCCAUUUUGUGGAAAGAUUGGCAAGUCAUCUUGGGAUCUUUUGACAAACAUUGAGGUCAACACAAACGAGGAUUUUAUCUACUUAUGGAAAUCCAUAGGUUUGAGACAUACUAAAGCUAUGGUGCAUGAUGAUAUCAAACUACCUCCUCAAAAUAGAGUGCUUAUGUCUAUUCCAUUCAAUGUGGUCGAACAAGAAAACUACAACCAAGUACUUGAACAAUGUCUUGCGAGCAUUUGUUUAGACGUUAACGGUACUCCAGUUAUGGACUCUUGGGAGCCUACUCCCACUAUUGUUUCUUAUAUGAAAAGCUGGUUAGUGAGGCUCAGACAAAUAUGCUGUAACCCUCAGGUGGGUCAGUUGAAUCUAAACACUAGAAGGUACAGAACAAGAUACUAUUUGUACAAUAACAACUCUAACUCCAAAUUUGUGCAGACCGUCCAAGUUCUCAAAACUUUGGAAAACGUCUUGGAUGAUAUGUUGGAGUCAGCUGCAGCCGAGAUUAUAAAGACGGAGAGAAAUUUGAUGGGUGCUUACACUGAUCUUGCGUUUUUGUGUGAACUCACGUUACACCCAAAAGCUGCAAGAAGGUAUUUCAACUUUGUUUGCCUUAGCACACAAGGAAUUCUCGCUAGAACGAAGGUGAUGCUAGUCAAAGCUAAGGAACGAAGAAAUCAAUUAACGAAAGUGGCCGAUGCCGUCACUAAUGUGGAUGAUGAAGAUGUGUAUGAAGAUGAAAAUGUGAUCCCUCCAGAGCUGUUGGAUUUGACUGAUCACGAAGUUAGAGAGUAUGAGAAGGUCAAUGAGCUCAUCAAAACCUACACUUCGAGACUCAGGCUGUGGUCUUUAACGUUACAUAAGUGCUAUUUUCUCUUGGCAUCGUCCUACUUCCAAGACUAUGAUCCUGAGUAUAUACAGAAGAUUGAAAAGCAGCAAAACCCGGUGUACCUGUCUUAUAUUAAUAAUCCAUUAUUAGAGGACCGUUUUUCUUAUGAUUCCCAGGAUCUUGCAACUUUGUUAACUGGAUCUCACCUAGAGUUUCCUCUUAUUACUGAAGAAUCGAUUUUGGACUCAUACACGGAACCAGAAUCGAGCGAAGAAAGUACAGAAGUUUCCAAGUUGAAAUAUUUAGAACAGCAUUAUUACAACUUGGCUGAACAUACUAGACAGCUGCUUUUGAAAGGUUCUACCAAUAACGUCAAGAAAGCGGUAAAUUCUAGGAUCUUGAGCAGGGAAUACUUUGCUCGAAGCACCGACAACUUUGUUGAUGAUGGUUCUUUACUUGUUCCAAAGACCACAAAGAAGUUUUUCAAGCAGCUCCCUCUCAUAAAAGUUGCUGACCUUGCCCAGCAAGUAAUAGGAAUGAAAGUGUCACUUUACUUCAACAGAGUUCAAGCACUUGUGGAUCAAUUGAAUUCUCAGGCCAAAGUGAUAAAUGAUUGGAUGAACGAAUUAAUUAAAAUUCUUUGUUCUCCUUUGUUAACACUUGAUCAGGAUCCCAAUGGUCAAGAGUAUGAGAAAACAAUUGAAGAUCAGGACAAAGCCUCUUGUUAUUUGCAUUUGUUGACCAGAGUAUUGGCUGAUAGAUCUUCAGCUAUUGAAGGAAAGGAGAUAACUACACGGAUUGUCAGUAAUGCCAAACAGCAAGAGCAGAGAGACUUCGAUGUAGAAUUGGAGAGAGUUAACGACAAAGAGUUUUUGAACUUCUUAGAAGCUCAAAGAUUGGAAGCCAAACCCGUAUCCAAAUUUUCAUUCAACGACUUGGUUCGUGAAAUCAAAGAUAUCCAAUCUCAGAUCAAUGAUGAGAAGAGUAUUGGCUCUCAAAGUGCAUCUUUGGAGUUACAGCUACUUGAUGCGGCGGCUCUGAGUAUUAGACAGAUUUUUGAUAAUCAGAAGCUAUCUAGUGUGCUACUUCUCAGAGAGUUGUCUACCAAUUGUAACUUUGUUUUCAAUGCCAGAAUCGACUAUUUCAAACAGUUGCAACAAAUAUCAGAUAGUGUAAGGAUGCCUGAGUAUUUCCAAACUGAUCCCGAGCAAACUUACAAUCCAGCAAUUGAGUACGGAUUCCGUCGUUGCUUUGAGAGUUUGAAAACUAUUCCCAUUGCUAUGGGGAAGUUGGUUACAAAAUUCAAGUAUUUACAGAGUUUGAGUAGUCCCGAGCAGUCGUCUACUGAUAUUGAUGACAAUCUCAUGUGCAUUAUUUGCCGUACCACUAUUACUAUUGGAUCAUUGACGCCUUGUGGGCACAAAUAUUGUAAGGAUUGCUUGGAACAGUGGUUAAGCAAUCAUAGAAGUUGUCCCGUUUGUAAGAGUAUUAUAACCACAUCCUCCAUCUACAACUUCACUCACUAUAUUCCUGACUUAAAGGCCAACCGAGUUGAAGCCUCAAACACAUUGGAAAAGGACAAGAAUUUGUAUUCCAUCUACAAACAUAUGGACGAUAUGGUUGUCAAUGAUAUCCAAAAAAUUAAACUCAAACAUUCGUAUUCAUCCAAAGUAGAUAUGAUUGUGAAGCAGGUUCUCUAUUUGAAGCAACAGGACCCAAGUGUACAAAUCGUUGUUUUCAGUCAGUGGCAGGACUUGCUUUAUAUUCUUGCAACUGCCUUCAAACACGCGGAAAUCUCAUAUCUCGCUUCGUAUGGAACCUUAACCGCGGAGGUUGGUGCUGGAAGACCAAGAUCUAAGUAUGAUAGUGUGGAGCGGUUCAAGGAUCCCUCCAAUGACAUCACAUGUUUCUUGUUGAAUGCUAAAGCACAAGCCAGUGGUUUGAACUUGAUCAACGCAACCCAUAUAUUUCUUUGUGAACCAUUGGUAAACACUUCUUUAGAAUUGCAAGCCAUCUCUAGAAUUCAUAGGAUUGGCCAGACUAAGGUUACAACUGUGUGGAUGUUUGCUAUUGAGAAUUCAGUGGAAGAGAGCAUUGUGGUGUUGUCCACAAAUAAACGGCUCAACUAUAUCCAAACUCUAUUGGAAAACACCAGUGGUGUGCCUACUAAGGAGAGCACGCCGGCAGUCAAUUCCAAUCCUCGUGAACCUUCAACCAGAAUAUCCCAGGCAAAAGAUUUGUCGAAGGCUGAAUCUAUGACACUAAUGAAAAGUGGAGGAAUUGACACAUUGGUGAAUAGAGGUCAAGGAGAAGGGGAAACUGUUUCCAACGACGACUUGUGGGAUGCCUUCUUCUGUGCCACAUCCUCGAAAGAAAUGAGUCGAACUAUGAACUUGGAUACUAUGACCAAGAUCAACUAACAUAUGGUAUAUUACCUAUUACAAACAAUAUCACGUACAAAACAUUCUUCGAAACAUAUAUAGUUGACUCAAAUAGCCAAAAACGAUCUAUCAUCAUAGGCAGUGUAGAAUCUUCCUUCCUCAACAAGCUUGGUACAAAUCACAAAGGCUUCGUCCGCAGUUAUGUUCAACUUCUGAGCAAUCAAUUGAAGUGGAACACCUUCAGGCAUACUAGCAGCAUUCAGACUCACAGUGCUAAACACCUGUUCUUCCUGCAGUCCCGCCGAAUGUGAAACGUCGUCGUUGCCCACAAACAAAGCAUUCUCACUCUUCUUAGUGAUUCCUUGAGACGUGAUAUGAACACUAAUAGCCGACAAGUUGUGAUAGAGCACUUGGUUAUGGUCAGUGACCUCGGUGAUAUUGGCGUUUUGAACUGCCUUCUUCAGACUGAAUUCCUUCAACGAUCCAGUCACAUACACGUAUUUAUCCUUCAUAUCCGCGUACUUGGUAGAUUCUUCAGAUACACUGGAGGUAUUAUCAUCAAUCCAUUUUCUCACCUCCAAAGCACCAGUUCCAUCUUCAAUCGUCAAUGUGGUGGCCGAGUUCCCAUUAUCCACCUUACGAAGAACACCAACAAAUGACACCAUAUUCAAGUUAACUCCAUUGAUUUGGAAAUCAGCAUCUGGGAGAGGUUGCGAAGAGUCGUUGAUCUGUUUGAUGGUCACAGGAGUCAAAGAAGAUCUCGUUCCUUGUCUUUGAGAAGAUUGUUGAUCUUGUUGAAACGAGGUUUCACCUUGAUCGAAACCUCCAUCUCCGUAAGCACCGUAUGAGCCGUAGUCUGCCAUAGUUUAUUUAAAGCGACGCGUAUGAAAUAUC